CAGAGGCUGAACGUCCAGACAGAGUGAAGAUGUUGAGAGCUGUGGUCGAGCUGCUGCUGCUGAUGCUGCUGCUGAUGCUGCAGGUGGAAACAGGUUUGCUGAUGCUGGAUGGUGCUCAGGACGGAGCAGCAGGGGGCAGCAGCGGUGACGGCGACACCAUCAGUCACCCCGUGGUCCUGGUGCAGCGCCUGGAGACGCUGCUGCUGCAGGGGAACGGCAGCGACGUGUCCCUGCGGGUGGAGACGCCAGCGGCCGACGAGGUGAAGACGAUCCAGGCUCACGCUCUGGUUCUGGCACUGCACAGCGCCGUGUUCGAGGAGAUGCUGCUGAGCCGCAACGGCAGCACGCUGGUCCUGAAGGAGGGCACUGACUGUGCCGCCGUGUUCAACAAGUUCAUCAGGUAUCUAUAUUGUGGAGAGAUUUCUUUGCGUCUCGACCAGGCCACGCCCCUACACAAGCUCGCCUCUAAAUACCAGGUGCUGAGUCUCCAGCAGGGCGUCACUCAGUACAUGAUACAGAACCUGGCACGGAACUCGCCAUUGGGCCACGUGGCGGGCUGGUACGAGUACGCGCUGCAGGCCGCAGACGUGACUCUGAGGGACAGUUGUCUUCAGUACCUGGCGUGGAACCUGUCCUCGGUGCUGCAGAGCGGCGAGUGGUUGACCGUUAGCGGUCACCUGCUCAUGUCGCUGCUGCAUCGCUCCGACCUUGUCCUGCAGAGUGAGAUGGAACUCUUAGCCGCUCUGGAGGCGUGGAUCGUCCACAAUAAUCCGGACGAGUUGACUGCAGAGAACGCUCUGAGGGCCGUGCGCUACGCCAUGAUGCCUCCACGCGAGCUCUUCCACCUGCAGACCCAGUCCCCGGUCCUGGCUCGCUAUCAGGAGUCAGUGCGCGACCUGCUCUACAUGUCGUACCAGUUUCACUCCGCCUCGCCGCUGCACAUGGCCAAGUACUUUGACGUGAACUGCAGCCUCUUUGUGCCCAGGAACUACCUGUCUGCGGCGUGGGGUUCCCCGUGGGCCAUCAACAACCCGUCACGAGACGACCGCAGCACAAGCUUCCAGACGCAGCUGGGGCCCAGUGGUCACGAUGCGGCCAAAAGGGUGACGUGGAACGCCCUGUUCUCGCCUCGCUGGUUACCCCUCAGCAUGAGGCCGAUGUAUACGGAGACCAGCGCCAUGCAGCCGGCGCGCGUGGAGGGAGGGCGUCCUCGCAUCAUCAUCACCCCGGCCACAUCCAGCACCGACUUCGCUGGGGUGAACUUCCAAAAGACGGUGCUCGUGAUGGCGCGGCAGACGGGGACGCUGGUGGUCAAACAUGUCUACAACUUCCACCAGAGCACCGAGGAGAAUAGCGACUUCUUAGCCGAGGCCGACCUGUCCCGCCGCACGUCUGAGUACCUGACCGACAGCACCCUCUUCCUCCAUAUUGUGGUGAAGCCGGUCUAUCAAAGCCUGAUCCUCAGCAAGAACUGACCCCGGUCCAUGGAUGUUCCGAUCGUUCAUCUCUCUGGACGACAAAGUCUCCAGAACUCGAUGAAUGAAGAUCGGGAAGUUGUUGAAAAUCGUCCUCACUGUAAAAUCACGUCUCUUGAAGGAUCAGGCUGGUGAGGUCGUGUUUUAAUACCCCGACGAAAAUAGUCCCCGAAAACUGCAACAUCCA